CUCUCGCGCAUGCGUAUAGUGGAUUAUACGCGGACUCUGUUGACAAAUACCGGGGGAGGGACCACUGCGGCGCUGGCUGUGGGCGCGAGCGAAGGCGGUCUCCUCGUCCAGAAAUGAAGAGCCAACAGAAGAGCCCAGAACCAGAUGAGAGCCUUGCCGUCAGCGAGGAAGGGUCUGUAGCCACGGCUGAGGACCCGGCGGCUAUCGCCACCAUUCAGUCUGCUGCCACCUACAGCGACCAGCCCAUCAAGUACCUCUUCAAGACGGAGGGAGCAGGCGGCCAGGUGACCUACAGAGUGAUCCAGGUGUCCGAUGGCCAGCUGGAGGGCCAGCCGGACGGCGCCGCGGCGGUCAGCCUGGUCACCGGGUUCCCAGCCGCCACUCAGACCGUCACGCAGGCCGUGUUCUCUCAGCCUGACGGGUUGGAGGCCGACGGCGGUGCAGAGACGCAGUACACCUACUACCCCGCCACCAUCGCCGACGCCACCACCGGCACCAUGGUGACCACGGUGCAGGCCUCUGACACGCUGCUGGGACAGACCACGCCCACUGGGCAGCUCUACGUGAUGAUGUCACCGCAGGAAGUGCUGACCGGCUGCAACCAGAGGACGAUCGCGCCGCGCACUCAGCCAUACGUCGCGAAGCAGGAAGCUCCUCGCGGCUCCAGAGACGACAAGCGGCGAGCUCAGCACAACGAAGUUGAGCGCCGGCGCCGAGACAAAAUCAACAACUGGAUCGUGCAGCUGUCGAAGGCCAUCCCCGACUGCAACAUCGACUACACGAAGACGGGACAGGUGAGCUCUGACCUCACCUCCAGACCGGGGAGGGGCCUCAGCCCGGGAGACGCCCACGGAAGUAAAGGAGGAAUCCUGUCCAAAGCCUGCGAGUACAUCAAGGAGCUGCGGCAGAGCAACAGGAAGCUGGGCGACGACAUCGGCGCUCUGGACCGGCUGCGUGUCGACAACCAGCUGCUCAGGCAGGAAGUGGAAGACUGGAAAUCCAAGAACCAGAUCCUGAGGAACCUGCUGCGGCAGCACGGCGUUGUGGGCUCGUCCAGCUCAGAACCGCAGUGAGGAACCAGAACCUGAGACCACCAAAAGAGUACUUGAAAGGCUUUGAGAUACUUUAUUCGGGAUGGAGAGUGCACAACAUAGAAUGGGGGGAGGGGGGGGGGGGUUGUGUGUAAAUGAAUAUUAUCAUUAAUAUUCACGCUUCUUUGCCUCAUUCCACCCGUUUGAAUAUUAACCAUGAACACAACGCACUCAUAGAAGCAUAACGUUAGUUCCUCCAGCAAGCUCGGUACCAAACGCACGGGCGUCGGCGUCUCGGGGGUCAACCGGGUCGCUCUGGCGUCGACCAGCUGAUGACGUCGUCCACUUCGGCUCUUUUGCUUCCUAUUGUUUUUGUACGUGUCAUGAAACCUCACUGGGGACGAUAACUGCAUUGCAACAAUGUGAGCGUUGAUCUGUGUCUUUAUAAUAAAAACAUCAACCAUGUGUCAUGAGCCACUUUCAGCUGGCGUCAUUAAAGUUGGUAAAUUAAAAAUAAA